AUGGAAAGUCCAGGAAUGAACUGCGAGAAAGGUCAGAGUUGUUGCUUCCCCAGGAGAACCCGGCAUCUUUUUCAUAGGGUCUUCUUCUGUUGCUCCUGUUUGCAAAAUGGAGAGGAGGAUCAUUUACAGGAACAGGAGAAGAAAAAUGAGGAACCUUUACAAGUGUGUGAUAAGGAUACUAUCCACAUUACUGUGGAGGAUCUGGGAAUAGUUAAUACCAGUUUUUGUCUAUCUGACGAACAGCCUGUGUCCCCAAGAAACAAAAUGGGACGCUCUGCUAGCUCUGUGUCGACCUGUCCGAGGGCUCUGAUGAAGAAACGAGUACAGCAUUUGUCUUCGCUACCUCUUCAGCCUCAAGCAAGACAGAUCUGCUCUUCCAGCAGUUGGGAAGAAAUUGGAGAUGACGAUGAAGAGGAACACUUCCUCUUUGGAAGUGGUGAUAACAGCACUCCAGCUUCUGGGAGCCUCUUGGCGCAUUGCGAGAUCAACUUGAUUCCACCCACUCCAUCUGAUGUUAUCGAGGAUGAUCAGUUCUUUGAUAUAAAUUCUGAAGAAAGCAUGGUUUACAUUGCAGAGAGUAGAGGUAGCUGUCAUGCUCGUGACUAUGAGGAGAAUAUGGAGGCAGAAGAAGCAACGCUUGAAUUGACAGACACUGAGAAUAUUGUUGAUAAAGCAACGGAUUCUGAAGAGGGCAAUAGUGAUCAGUUGCCAGAAGAAAGGGAGACAAUUAAAGAUGAGGAUGAAGAAAAACCAAAAGCGAUGUUGUCUCGUGUUUAUCAGGUGGAUCCCGUUCCUGUACUUCAGCACAAACGUAACUUCAAUACUGGAAUAAAACUUUUGCCUUUUACUGAGCUCAACUUGGAUGAUUUAAGCAAAAGUGAUGUCAGCUGCUCCGACAUGCUGAAGAUUGCUACUGUCCGGCCUCCACUGCAGGCUUCCACAAUGGAUGCAUUUACUCACCAGAGGAGGCCAAUCACUCGCUCCUGCAGUUUAAGAGACACAGAAAGUGGGUGUGCCAGUUCUCACACAUUAACCCAGAACUCAGACCAGCAACAACAAGGCAAUAGGUCUCCACGGCAACGGCGUAUCACCUUAGCGUCAUGCCUUCCCAAAUGUAAGGACCAAAAUGGAAACAUCCCAGGGAAGACGGCUGACAGGCAGGAGGCCAAAUCUCUAAGGGAGCGAAACACAAAUGAGACUUGCCAGUGGUUCACCAGCAUUGGAUUGCAAAAAUGUCUCCCUUUCAUCCAAGAGGCAAAUUUGUGUGGAGCAGACAUCGCGUCUAUUGAUGUCAACAUCCUCGACACCCUCCACAUCAACACACUAAAAGAAAAAGAGCAGCUACUUUCUGCUAUUUAUAAUGAGCUGCACCCACCAAAUACUUGUGUAGGAUCUUUCAGGUUUAAUCACGUCGAAGAGAAUCUCACGCCAAUGAUCAAAUCAAAAUCCUCUCCACACGUAAACUGUCUGAGCAUGAGCAGACCGUCCCUCAGGAUCAGGCACAACAACCAAAAUGGCUUGGCACAGAGGAAUUCACAUUUGAUCGAGGUCACUAUUAAUGCAUCAGAGCGAAUAGUUCACCUCAGAACCCCUAAGGAAACAACAAUUUGCAAAAUAAUUGAUUCAUGUCUCAGAAUGCUGGGCAUGACGGAUGACAGGAGCCUUUUUUCACUGAAAGAGCAGAAAGAUUCCACGGCUGAGCUCUCACAGGAGCAGCAGAUUGGGAGUCUGCUGACAUCCCCAUCUGACAGGCAGCUGGAGCUGCAUUUGUGUAAAAGAAAUCCAACCUCCCAGAAUAGCCCAGAGGUCAACAGGUCCAGUGGAAUACAAAAGGAGGACAGAAUCAGAGAGCUGAACCUGCAGGUGGAGUCACUACAAAAUGUCAUCCUCCAGGUGCAAGAGCUCCACCUCGGCCUAGUGGCUUUCUGCUCGGAAUUAAAGAACUCAGAUGGGGAUGGGAAUUUAGAAAUGCUGGGCUCAGCUGCAUUGGAGCAGAAACUAAAAGUUCUCCACAGAAGAUUGACUGACAAGAGAGAAAGUCUCCACACCCUCCGAGAGCACAUCAACAACACCGCUGCCCACAGGAAGAAACAGCUGGAUGUUCGUCUUUUGGAGAAGAUGAAGCUCAACUGCCAGGUGUUUAAGGAGGAAAUCUCCAUGGUACAUCUCAAUCGACAGGUUGCACAUCUCCAGAAUGUCCUGCAGGACAGUUAUAUUAAGGAGAGUACCCAGAGAAAGAAUACGACCAUUGGGAGUCUGAGCCAGCUUGUGUCACCACAGUCUCCUGCCAUGCUGAUGGUCUUUCAGGAGCAGUGUGGACCUGGUGGCUGCUUCGGGUUUACAUGUUGUUACACAGAAGGCAUUGGGUUAGUGGUGGUCAAGGUGGAAAACUCGCAACUGUGUGUGGAUGACAGACUUGUCGAGGUGAAUGGAUCGCCAGUGGUCAACUCAACAGAAGAAGAACUUUGUGACCUUCUUCUCCAUCUAACCAGCGCUCAAAUCAUUGUGCUUCGGCAGACCCCUGCGACCCUCACUUCACACCAACCCCCACUUAUCCUGCAGCACGUGGUUAAGCCUAAUCCUCUCCAAGCAGAAAGAGAUGUGAUCGCCAUGGAAACUCCAUCACUGCGCAAGCUAAUGGCCAUCUGAUGUCAAUGGGGGUUCAUGGGAUGGAAACAAAAAGGGAUUAAGAAGUGAAAACUGAUGAAAAUGGUGGUGAAAUUAUACUGUAUUGAUGUUCUUUGGGGGUAAUUCAAAUAUUAUGGUUACUAUUAUUAUUAUUUUUUUUUUACCGGUGCUAAUAAUUACUAAUUGCAGUUGCAUACCAAGUAUCAUGGGAGUGUCACAGUGCUCGGUAUAUUUUCAUCAAUGUUUUCCGACUGCAAAAGUUGUAUGACUACUAUACUGUACUAUACUAUACUACUAUAAGUUUGACUUAAAUAUGGCUUGUGUUACAGGCUCUAUUUAAAUUAAAUGUCCAGCAGACAGACUGUUACUAAAACAUGCAGUGAAUGUUAAAGUGGCACUAGUUAUUACGUGAAAGCGUGCUACAAUUUGGUCAACACGCCUCCAUUUUCAAGAAGGGUUUGUGUUUUCCCAUCACAAUCGACCCAAUCUGGAUCUUAAAAUACUUGUCUUUACUCUCAAUCGCUAAUAAUCCUGCUAAUAUCCAUUCAGUAUUCCAUUGGCUAUCAUUGUACAAUUUAAUGACACUUGAGAGAGCCAUAAAUUAAGAGUAAAAGAAUACAAAUCCUUAGCGCCACAGAUUUUUGAGGCGCAUGCUUGUCCAACAUCUGCCAGAGUAUAUUCCUAAGGGUGAAACAAUGCAUGCUUGCUGCGGCGCAGAGGAAUUCCUUGGAAUAUCAGGAACAUGAAACGUAGUUACAUACACGCUUGAAUGCUGUGCGGAUUCUCGUUUCAGGACACACACGGACGAUUUUCUUUGGGAGCUGAGUCACGUUUGGCUUUUUGUAUGUUGUAAUGUAAACCAUUGGGCUGUGGGAAUAAACCCCUGGUUGCAGAAAUGCCUCAUUUCAGCCUUGUUCUCCCUCGUUAAGAGGCAGUGGAUCGUGCAAGCCUGACCGUGCAAACAGUACCACUUGCUGACCAAGGCUGCUGGGGGUCCAAAGAGCCCAAGGACGUAAAACCAAACUGCAAAGGUCAACGGUCACUAACAAUCGUAAUAUAAUUUGGCAAUAAAAAGAAAUGGAGCUCGAUGUCAUCCGGGCGGGAGCUGCAGCUUGCCAAAAAAUAUUCACAAAGAGGGAGAAAUACGACUCUGGCACAUCGGAAAAACAUUGGCACGUACAUGGGAAAAUAAAGUUGACCAAGCCACAACUUGUAAGCUGACACAGAUAAUGUCAUACCUCAGGAAGUUAUAGCUGAGACGUUAUUCAAAACUGCACGACAAUGCGACACCAGGAUAUAAAAAGUAGUAGAAUAACUCACAGUGAUCAGAAUACUUUCAGCGCCAUUGACGAUGAUAGACGUUCAAUCAUGUGGCUCUUUUCAGCCUGCAGUGAAUUUAAACUAGUUUGCCACAGGUACAUGUCCGAUUUGAACCGGAAGGGCUGGCACUGAAUGAACAUUCGUUUAGCCAGUGAGUUAAAAUACCACGCGUAGGAGCAAAUCCUGCUUGCGAUGAAGCUACGAAAAGUAGAGCAACACUCAGGUCAGAGGAGACUAUGUGUCAUGGCUGUCUUUAUGGAAAUGAAUUAACACUGGGGAAAAUGAGACACAAUCCUAUAAACACUGCUGCUGGCAAGAGAAGAAAGCCAUGGUGACCAACAUAAACCAGAAAACACAGUCAGGAUGUAACACUCCUGCUACCAUUCUCAAGUCAGGAAGAUGAGCCAUAAGACCUUGUACAGUAUAUUAGUCAAAAACAUCUGUAGCACAUUUAAAUGAACAUCAGCCUGCUCUUAUUUGACUGCCAAGGCGCCUCUAGUUGACCCAGGCUGUGCCUAACACGUAGUGGCACUGCGCAACCUGUACUACAUCUGGUUCGCCUUAAAAGCCUCAGCAACAACAUCCAGCGCACACCGAUAAGCUCGUAGGUAAGUGCUGUGGCUGCAUUUCUCUUGCACCGCCUUAACCCCCCCUUGACAUUUCAGGGAGCCUAACAUCUGUUUGAAGUGGAAGAGGUGGCAUUAGCGUUGGUUUCCUGCCCAAAUCCCACACGAGCCAAUACAAAAGCAUAGAUGUCUGAUGUGAAGCAAGGGAAUUCCUGUCCACUAAAUGCUAGACAAACACUCAUUCCUAAAUUAGAAUCUAUGGUUGGUUGUAGCAGAAGCUGGGCUUACCCGGAAGAGAUUUAGUAGUUUUGGUCCUGUCAAUAAAAAAUGCAACUGUCUAUUUUACAAAAUUUACAUGUGAGUGUAAGUAGUUGUUUGUUUGUAUACUGUAUGCUCAGGGAUUGCCCGGCAACCAGUCUAGAGUAUAACCCAUCUCUUGUUGGUUAGGAUAGGAAAUGAGUGAAUGUAAUCAUAUACAGUACCUUUGUUUUGAAAUUUCAUUACAGGAAUGAUUUUGUGCUAGUGCAGGAUGGUUUUAUGGAUCAUUGUUAAACCCAUACGCAGAGUUUAAGGGGGCCCUUCUGGUGGCCGAAAAGUGUAAUUGCAUGUAAUUGACUUUCCUACAUAUGAAUUUAAAAUUGAGCAUUUUCUGGUAAAAUAUUGUCUAUAAAAGUUGUAAAGCAUUAAAACAAACAACAAAAAUGAAUGAAAUGAACAAAAAAAGAUAUUCUUUAAUCGGUCAAAAUUAUUUUUCGGACAGAUCAUGUGACUAGCACCUUAGGCGGUUAUUUGCUUUGCUUAGCCAAAAGCACCGGAGAAAUGAAGAGGCAAGAUGGAUAUACGUAAUUUUUUCAAACCUAAGCUUUCAAAAGCGACAACUAAUUAGCAAAAACCAAAGACUGAAAAUGUGGACCAUGAAACGCCAGAGAGCACCAUCAAAAUGGUGAGCAGAGUUUCAGUUUGCCCCGCUAAAGACACUAAUUGUAGAACAGAGCCACCACCGUUGUCUUGCCAAUGUAGUUACCCCCGUCAAAAAUUAUAUCCCCUGGCCGCGGGAGGGCACACACACACAUUAGUUAUGAGUUAUGACGACUUAAACAAUUAAUUGAACCCAGAAAAGAACCACUGUUUUAUGUUUUAGACAUAGAAGUUUAUUAAACUGGAGAAACGCCAUACAGGACUUGAAUUAAAGUAAUAACAGUUAUAGGUCAUCCUACGAGUAAAACGGUAAAAUAUUGCCUUUUUUUCGUUCAGUACGUAUGUUAAGUUAUACGACAGAAAAAAAAAAGUUUUUUUUUUUUAUGGAUGGGCCAUGUUUUAAAAUCGCGUAGAUAACUACAUCACCAAAACACGUAAAUCAAGCAAAUCAGUGCAGCGCAGUGGCUCCGCCCAGGGGAUACAAUUUUUGACGGGGGUAACUACAUUGGCACGACAGCGGCGGGUCUUUCAUAUUCAGUGGAUGACGAGCUUGGUGAAAAUUAUAGCUGUCCUUAAGCAGCCUGAUUUAGAAUUCCCCUCAAGAACGAUGGGAAACAGAAAAUGCUCAUUUUCAACUUAUUAUUAUAAAUAUUCUUGUAAGUUCAUUGUAUUGCUGACACUCUGUUUCAGGAUCAUCAACAUGUUGUGCCCCCCUCCCCCAUCCCAAAGGUCAAAUUCCGACUAUGGUUAAACAUCAGUUUUUUUGUUUUUUAUUUAUAUAUUUAUUUAUUCAUUUAUUCAUUCAUUUUGAUUGAGGAGGAGGUGGCGCUUCUGUCCUUUCUCCUUUCCUCUGGCAAUUCUCACUUUCAGUAGCUGAAUUUGGUACUUAGGAGAGUCCCAGGAGAUGGUUGUGUAUUGACCCGUUCCCCGUCAAAUGUGCGGUGUGUUGACCUCUUUCCCGCCUAGAUUAUUGCUGUAGACCGCUAAACCACAUAACCUGAGGAUAUACUGCCAUCUACCGGCAGACUGAAGGAAAAAACUUUUUCACACUGCGAUAUUGUCUCCAGGGUUUCAUUAUGAAGGAAUCUAAUUAGAUCAUAUUUUCAGUCACAGCUGGUUUGCAUGGUGAUUCCCAUGCGUUUAGGAAAAAUAACAGGUACAACCAGGCAAGGAAAUAUCAUCAAUAAAACUCACAGUAUGUUGAAUAAUAUGAUUAGACACAGUGGUCAAAUUUGUUGAUGUGGACUAAAAAUGUGAUGCGGUCGUAUAGAGAGGUUUGAAUGAGAAGCUCGAAGUGUGUGUGUGUGUGUGUGUGGGGGGGGUUAAUCUAUCUUCUGUGACACCAGUUCUGCUAUUUUCUGACACACAUUGUACGUUUUGGAGCUGCUGAAAAUUACGUUAAGUUUGAAACCGCACAAAUGUGUCAAUAAAUACAGUAUGAGUUUCUGAUGAUAUUAAGUCAGAGAGACAACUUAAUAAUUGUGGAACAUGAUUGAAUGAUGAGUGCACUGUAAGGUUAAUAAUGGUUUAACCAUUUAAAAUGAAUGCACAGGAUGUAGGCGAGAACCAACCACUUUACAGAAGCUGUAACACUCCAUAUACCCAACUACACAGAUAAAAGGCUAAUGAAAAGGCCAUUAGGAUUAAGUAUAAGGUGUGCUGUGCAUGAGAUAAAUAUAUUAGGGAAAUUUCCUUACAUUUCUUGGCUGACAAUGGUUGAGAAAGGUCAGCACAUUGUAUUAUUCAACGAUAGUACAUUCUUUUUGAAAAAUUGAGAAUACAAUGGCCUUUGUGUGAGUCUAUUGAAAAGGUUUAAUUAAAAGAAAAUGGAAAAUUUUAAUGGCUAUUUUU